GAAAUAGCUCACUUGAAAGUGGUUAUCCAAUGUUCUGUAUUUUGUGGAGUAUGGCCAAUGGUUUAUAAUCGCAAUGACAAACGUACGGUGAACAUAUGGUAUUACAUAUGGUCAUGGAUAUCAUGCGCCAUAUGUUUUUGUUAUUUACUAUCCUCUUGGACAGGUGUCUACGACAAUAUUGUGCAUGAUUUUGAUGUGCAAACUUGCAGCCAGUCAAUCAUGAGUUGCUGUCGUCAAACGAUUUAUAUCGCAAGAAUCUUUUAUUUGUGGAAAGAAGAUACUAUUAAUCUUCUACGUGGAAUAAAGAAAAGGGAAGAACAGAUAUACGAUUCUCAAGAUAAAGAUAUAAUAGAUAUAAUGAAUACAAAUAUUAAAAACAAUCGUAAGUUGGAUUGGUGGUACAUACUUUUUCAAAUGGGAGUUGUAUUCUUCUACAUGACCCUAGCUCCGUAUCUCUUUCCAACAGAGAAUGUAAUUCUGCAAGAUACAAACACAACUGUUAGCCAGAGGUCCUUACCAGUAAAAUAUUGGUUUCCUUUUGAUGAAGAAAAACACUUCAACAUAGCAUUUGGAUGGGAGAUAUUUAGUCUUAUGUUAGCUGGGCAAACGUCUUUCGCAUUGGACCUUUUCUUUUUCAGUUCUCUGGCUUUUAUUCUGGGACAAGUAAAAAUUCUGAGAUUUAUGCUUGACAAUUUUGAGAAAUACAGAGCAAAGGCCGAGGCUCAGGAAAAGUGUACACGUAGCACUGCAGAUCUUCUUACAUUGAAGCUUUUUAUUUGUGAACACCAACGACUCUUGCGUUUUAUCAAUGACUUCAAUUCGUGUAUGAGAACCUUGGUGCUGUUGGAUUUCUUUCAAACCUCCUUGCAGAUAGGAGUAUUAAUUAUGUAUGACUUAUAUGAACUGAAACGAGACAACCUUUUAUUACCGGCUUUAGGACUGUUCUACUUAAUACUAACGGGUGGAAAUGUGGCUAUAUAUUAUUGGUACGGUGACGAAAUAACAUCAGAGAGCUACGAUUUAGCAGAUGCAAUUUAUGAUAUCAAAUGGUACAACAAAUCAAAAGAAUUUAAAAAAAUGUUAUCGAUUUUAUUAACAAGAUGUCACACAGUGGUGGGAAUUGAGAUUGGAGGCAUAACAAUAAUGUCUAGGAAUAUUUGCAUUGGGCUAUUCAAGGGAGCCUACACGUUUGUUCAAUUUGCGCUGCAAAUGUAGAAAUACGUUUUGCUGUUAACAUUUUGCCGUAUUACAUAGAAAAUCUUAUAAUAGAUUUGAUGUUAUUACUAUCUCUUAAUAGUGUGACACUUUGCAAAUUUGGCACAAUAAAUGUUGCUUUGCUGACCACAAGCUUGUAGAAAAACACUACCGGAAUAGAACACUGCAUUCAACCUUAGCAUUCAACACAACAGAAGCAAUGGGUCAAUAGCCUUAUGAAAUAAAAUAAUAAUUUAUAAUAGCUUUUGCUUUGUUAUAGAUUACAUUAAAUAAUAAAGUUACCUAAAUAUAA